GGUCAGUUCUAGGUGGUCUGAUGGACCUGCAGGCCCUGUCCAGAGGGGUGCAGCAGCAGAAUCACAACCUGAUCCGGAACAGGACCAGGCGGGCUCGGGCCCGACGCCAGGCCAACGAGGAACACGAGCUGUUCAACAUCGAGGUCCUACUGGGGGUGGACUCCUCUGUGGUCAACUUCCAUGGCAGAGAGCACAUCCAGAAGUACCUCCUCACCCUCAUGAACAUAGUUAGUGCCAUAUAUUACAUUGCACUACGCAACACUACGCUACCCUACACGACACUACACUAAACCUUUUUCACACACCCAACCAUUUCCACCUCUGAGGUGAUUUUCUACCACAGAAUCAUUCUCUAACCUAAACUCUGUAACCUGUUUUAUGUGCUUCACGUUUCCAUGUGUUUUCCCUUGUUUCAUUUCUGUCUCUUCCACCACCCAUCUCCCCUCAGUUGAAUGUACAGUAGCUCCUGUGUGAGACCUUGCAGAAUUAUUAAUUUGAUUCUAAUGAUUUUCUGGCACUCUGGCCUCACUGGCUUCAAUUAGCCAGCUACCUGGCCAGUGAAAUAGAAUCCAGCCCAUGCCCUCCGGUGGGUCAGGACAGGGGCCAGUGCUAAUGAGGUUAUUAACACAGGGUUAGGAAGGGCUGGGGGGCAGGGGAAUGGGGUAGGACCAGGAAGAGAUAUAUAGAGAGGGGAGGAAUUAAACAGGGGACGGUAGAUACGUAUAAGGUUGAGGGCAAAAGAGUGUGUGUGUGAGGAAGGGAGAGAAGUGUGCGAUGGGAGACUGGUGAAUAUUGAACAUAUGCUUGUUUUAUUUGGCCAAGGGAGGAAAUGGCUUCACAGCUGUAUCUGUGCUAGCGAGCCUUCCUUUUGUGAUGAGGUGAUGUUAAAGGAGUCAGGAGCAGGAGGGUAAAUCACAGAAUAAUAGGCUUUAUUCCGCAACCACAGAGUUACGCAGUAACGUGUCAAAACACUCCAGUGCGCAAAACAGGCGCUACUGGAAAAUACAAGGCACAUGGGAAAAUAUCUCGGCGAUACAAAAUACAAGGAGCUCCACCGAGCUUCACUACUCUCCACAAUAAACAAUCACACACAAAGACAAGGGGGCAGAGGGAACACUUAUACAGGUACUGAUGAGGGGUUAUGAACCAGGUGUGUGUAAUAAACAAGACAAAACAAAUGGAAUGAUGAGAUGAGGAGCGGCAGUGGCUAGAAGGCCGGUGACGACGAAUGCCGAAGCCUGCCCGAACAAGGAGAGGUGGCAGCUUCGGAGGAAGUCAUGACAGUACCCCCCCCUUGACACGCAGCUCCAGCAGCGCGCCAACACCGGCCUCGGUCCCCGUCCAGGAGGACAUGGAGCCGGGCGAGCUGGAUGGCGACGGUGGAAAUCGCGCAAUAGGGAGGGAUUGAGGAUAUCCCAGCACUGCUCCUCAGGAGCGUACACCUCCUACUCCAUGAGGUACUGAAGGCCCCCCACCUGACGCCUCGAAUCCAGGAUGGAAUGGACGGAGUAUGCCGGGGCCCCCUCUAUGUCCAGAGGAGGCGGAGGAAACUCUCGCACCUCAGACUCCUGGAGCGGACCAGCCACCACCGGCCUGAGUAGAGACACAUGGAACGAGGGGUUAAUACGAUAAUCUGGAGGGAGUAAUAACCUAUAUGUAACCUUGUUUAUCCUCCUCAGGACUUUGAAUGGCCCCACAAACCACGGGCUCAGCUUCCGGCAGGGCAGACGGAGGGGCAGAUUCUGGGUCGAGAGCCAGACCCGAUCACCCGGUACCAAGACUGGGGCCACACUGCGGUGGCGGUCAGCGUUGGAGGUGGACAUGAGCCGAAACCAGUCAUCCACCGCAGGAGCUUCGGUCUGGCUCUGAUGCCCCGGUGCCAGAACCGGCUGAUAACCUAAAACACAUUGAAAGAGCGAUAGGUUAGUGGAGGAGUGGCGGAGAAAGUUCUGGGCAUAUUCUGCCCAUGGCAAGAACACCGACCACUCCCCCGGCCGGUCCUGACAGUAGGACCGCAGGAACCUACCCACAUCCUGAUUCACCCGUUCCACCUGCCCAUUACUCUUGGGGUGAAACCCAGAGGUCAGGCUGACUGAGACCCCCAGACGUUCCAUGAACUCCUUCCAGACCCUGGAUGUAAACUGGGGACCCUGGUCAGACAAUAUGUCCUCUGGCACCCCGUAGUGCCGGAAGACGUGUGUAAACAGGGCUUCCGCAGUCUGCAGGGCCGUGGGGAGACUGGACAGAGGAAGGAGGCGGCAGGCUUUUGAUAAGCGGUCCACAACGACCAGGAUGGUGGUGUUACUCAGAGAGAGGGGAAGAUCAGUGAGAAAGUCAAUACACAGGUGGGACCAUGGCCGUUGUCGAACUGGUAAAUUCUGUAACUUACCUGCUGGGAGGUGCCUAGGUGCCUUACUCUGGGCGCACACCGAGCAGGAGGAGACAUACACCCUCACGUCCUUAGCCAAGGUAGGCCACCAGUACAUUCCGGCAGCGCACUGUACGACCAAUAUCUGGGUGACCAGAGGAGGGGGACGUGUGUGCCCAAUAGAUCAGACGGUCACGGACAAGAGAAGGCACGUCCUGCAGCCCAGCUGGACACUGAGGUGGAAAUGGCUCUGUGCGUAACGCCCGCUCUAUGUCCACGUCCACCGCCCACACUACCGGCACCACAAUGCAGGAGGCCGGGGGUAUGGGGGAUGUUGUCUAUGGGCCUCUCCUCUGUGUUGUACAGCCAUGACAGUGCGUCUGCCUUUACGUUCUUCGUAACCGGGAUGUAAGAUUGUGUAAAUUGAAACCGGGUGAAGAACAAGGCCCACCUGGCCUGGCGAGGGUUCAGCCUCCUAGCUGCCGGAUGUACUCCAGGAUACAGUGGUCCGUCCAGAAGAGGAAAGGGUGUUUCGCACCCUCGAGCCAGUGUCUCCACAUGGUCAGGGCUCGGACAACAGCCAACAGCUCCAGAUCACCAACGUCGUAGUUCUGCUCCACCGGGCUGAGCUUCUUGGAGAAGAAGGCACAGGGGAGGAGCUUGGGUGGCGUGCCCGAGCAUUGAGAUAGGACAGCGCCUAUACCUACCUUGGAUGCAUCCACCUCCACUAUGAAUGGUAGUGAUGGAUCGGGAUGGACCAGUAUUGGGGCUGAGGUGAACAGAACCCUCAGGUUACUGAAGACCCUGUCAGCCUCAGCAGACCAGCGGUGCCGGGACGGCCCACCCUUCAACAGAGAUGUGAUGGGAGCUGCGACCUUGCCAAAGCCCCGGAUAAACCUCCGUUAGUAAUUGGCAGUAAUGAAACGCUGCACCUCCUUAACCGUGGUUGGAGUCGGCCAAUUACGCACGGCUGAAAUGCGAUCUCCCUCCAUCUCCAUGCGCACAGUGGAGGUAGUGUCUGGACUUUCCACCGUGGUUGCACCUACGGAAACACCUAGACACCUACCCUGACACUCUCGCGACCACCCUGUGAAUACCCUCUGCGGCCAUGAAAAGGUGGGGAGGCAGGCCCCUUCCAGGACGUCCUCUAGCAGCCAUCAGAUUGUCCAACCGCAUGGCCAUGUCCACCAGUUGAUUGAAGGACAACGUGGUGUCCCGGCAGGCUAGCUCCCUUCAGAUGUCCUCUCGUAUAUGGCACCGGAAGUGGUCGAUGAGGGCCUGCUCGUUCAACCCGGACCCAGCCGCUAGAGUACGAAACUCCAGGGUGAAGUCCUGCGCGGUCCUUGUCCCCUGCCUCAGGUGGACCAGCCGCUCACGGCCCGAAAGAGGUGAGCAAACUCCCCGUAGGCUCCUCCUUCACUCCAGAAUGCGUUGGCCCACUCCAGGGCUUUCUCCGAGAGGCAGGAGACGAGGGCGGACACCUUUUCCCGCUCCAAUGGAGCCGGGCUGAUGCUCGAGAGGUAUAACUCCAGUUGUAGGAAGAAUCCCUGGCAGAGGGCAUCUGUCCCGUCGAAAUCCCUCUUGGUGCUGGGGUGUGGGUGGCUGGAUCCGGUUGCUCAGCUGGUCCCGAAAGAUCGCUUCUCCCAAGCUGGCUAGCAUCGUCGAAUGCUCCCGGACCCAUGCCACGACUCCGGGCAUGUGCUCCUCUCCUGCUGACUCCAUGUCUUAGGUGUGUGAUUCUGUGAUGAGGUGAUGUUGAAGGAGUCAGGCGCAGGAGGGUAAAUCACAGAAUAAUAGGCUAUAUUCCGCAACCACAGAGUUACGCAGUAACGUUUCAAAACACUCCAGUGCGCAAAACAGGUGCACUGGAAAAUACAAGGCACACACAGAAGAAAAACAAGAUCAAACGCGCUGCCCAGAAACACACUGUGGCACAGUUGUGUUAUUCCUCAGUAAGGGGAGUCAUUUAGCCGUUUUACAUUUGAUCCUCUGAAGCAGAGCAAGAGGAUGAAUCCAACUAAAUCAAUUCUCACAGACAGACAGGCAGACAGAGAGACAGACAGGUCAACAGAAAGAUGAUGAGACUGGCAGACAGGCAGGCACGCAGACUGGCAGGUAGUCAGGCAGGCAGGCAGGCAGAUAGACAUACAGACAGACAGACAGACAGGGCCAGGCGGCCUCAGGGAUCAGGGGCUCAGGUGCAGCUGGCCCAUCAGGAGGGAGGGGCCCAGACAGACACAGGCCCCAGGGAGUUUCUACCAAGGACAUCUUCUGAAGGUUGCUUAGCAACUCUUAUGCAGAAGAAGAGGAGAGAGAGAUAGAGAGCACGAGGGAGACAGGCAGUGUUCUCCUGACUGGGGACUAGUCCUUAAUGGCUCUGUUUAGCUCUAAUAGGCUCGUUUGGAUUAUUGUGCAUUGGUGCCAAUUAAACUGCAUUCAAUUGCAUAAUACAUAAAGGAUUCGGUCUAUCAGGUAUCUAGACUCCAACGCACAUUGAAUAAUAUUGUCCUUUUAGCCUUUAGCAUAAAUCUGAUAUGAUAAUACAGCUAAAGAUUUUCCAUCAGAGUUACCUUUUCCAUUAUCCCAUGUCAGUCAGUCUGUCAGUGUGCGUGUCUGUUCUGGUCUCUGUCAGCUCUCUAUUCUCCUCCCCUGGCCUCAUUAGCUCAGUCUAUCUGACAGGGGACUGUCCUCCCUCUAUACCUCUACACUCACUCACUCACUCACUCACUCACUCACUCACUCACUCACUCACUCACUCACUCACUCACUCACUCACUCACUCACUCGCUCGCUCACUCACUCACUCACUCACUCACUCACUCACUCACUCACUCACUCACUCACUCACUCACUCACUCACUCACUCACUCACUCACUCACUCACUCACUCUCUCACACACACACACACACACACACACACACACACACACACACACACACACACACACACACACAGAUAACCCCUCACUCUCCCUGCACUGUCAUGGGCCACCUCCCCUGGGCCAGGACAGGUGAGGUGUGUAAAUGAAUAAGGUGUGACAGACAGACAGGGCCAGACGGGCCAGACAGGGCCAGAGGAGCCCAUCCCUCUCUGGGACAUGCUCACUCAGAUGGUAACUGGGACACCCCUGCCUCUCCUACUAAUCUCUGACAGUUAGGACUGGAAUAGUGACAGAAGACAUAAAAUAUGGGUGGAUACAUUUUUAAUUAGACCUCCUCUUAGAGAGAGAAGAGCAUUCCUAGCAAGAGGUGCAUUUCUGGGGAAUAGGUGCACAUGAUGCAUUGAUAGAAUUCCAACAUAUAAAUGUCAGAUGGAGACAUACCAGGUCCUGUUAACUGCUCCCCUUCCUGCACAAUAUCCAACCUCUCUCAGAUAAGUCAGCCAAGUAAUAUGCAUUAUGAUUAUGUACUGUAGUCGCAGGCCACGUGCUUCCGUCAGUUUGUCUGUCUGUCUCUGCAGGUGAAUGAGAUUUACCAGGAUCGUACCUUGGGUGCUCACAUCAACGUGGUUCUGGUCCGUAUCAUCAUGCUGUGUCCUGCCAAGGUAAGAGACAAUAGGCUUAAGCCAUUCACUCACAUGGUCAGCAGAUGUAACCUGUAGGAGAUAGACUGAUCCCCAUGUCAGAAUACUCCUGUACUCUGGUAUUGCGGUGGGGCUCUGUUGGAGCAUGUGGGUCGGUGUAGGGUUGAUGCGGUAAAGGAUCAGUUUGUGUGUGUGUGUGUGUGUGUGUGUGUGUGUGUGUGUGUGUGUGUGUGUGUGUUUGUCUGUAUAAUCUUUAAACAAAAAAACCUUGAUCAAAAAAAGAAUAGUCCUUUACUGUAUCUACUUUGGUUAAGUAAAUUUUUAAUAGUAGAACCCCAUUACUGUAGUGACAGAAUGAGGCAUUAUCUCUUGUGUGCAAAAAGCAUUUUGUUGUGUUGUUUCAUCAAUUGUAUUAUGGAUUGCCUGUGAUUGUCAGUUUAUAUGAGAGAAUUCCUCAUUUGCUGUCAUGGCAUCUUUGUGCAUUUGUCCCUUCAAGAGUACCACCUACUGGCUAGCAGGAUAUGCCAGAAAUACUUUGGAAAAAAGCCUUUUCAAUGCAUUGCAGACACACAGGGAAAUAUACAAAAAUAAUUUGUCGACAUCCUCUUGAUGAGUCGCCCUCAUCAAUAACUGAUCUAGUGUUUUAGCAUAACAAUGUUGUAAGAAUGGACUGAGGUAAUGUGGUGACAGUUUGUCCUUUCCUGUAUUGUCUCCAGUCUAUGAGUCUGAUAGAGCUGGGGAACCCAUCUCAGAGUCUAGAGAACAUAUGUCGCUGGGCCUUCCUGCAGCAGAAGGAAGACAGGAGUGAUCCAGAGUACCAUGACCACGCCAUCUUCCUCACCCGACAGGAGUUCGGUCCCUCCGGCAUGCAAGGUACUGGAGAUACUUAAUGUGCUCUCAUACAGUAUACACGUCACGUGUGUGCACACUGUAUACAUAUUCCUUUCUUCUUUUCUCUCUCGUUCUUUCUCUUUCUCGUUGCUUAGGUUACGCUCCUGUGACGGGUAUGUGCCACCCAGUGCGGAGCUGCACUCUCAACCACGAGGACGGCUUCUCCUCUGCCUUUGUCGUGGCACACGAGACUGGACACGUGUGAGACACACUUAUACACACCGUUCAACACAUAGUAUACACAAAUACAUUUAUUACUGCAGUUACUACUAUGCAUUUACAUUUUGUAGGAUAACAAGAAACUCUAUAAAAAUGUUUUUACACAUGCACGCAUACUCACAGCUGUGUAUUAGUGCCUGCUGUUUAUUUGAAGCCAUCCUGUCCUCCCCUGUCAGGCUGGGUAUGGAGCAUGAUGGCCCCCCUGGUAAUGAGUGUGGUGAUGAGGUGCCCAUGGGUAGCAUCAUGGCCCCUCUGGUGCAGGCUGCCUUCCAUCGCUUCCACUGGUCCCGAUGCAGCCAGGCGGAGCUCAGCAAGUACCUGAAGUGAGUUCAGGUCAACCCUGACCUCUGACCUCUCUCUGUUCCCACAGUCAGAACCGACACAUCUCAAUCCCCAAUAGAACAUGGCUUUAUGUUGUCUAAUGGUCUUAUACAGAUUAGAUCAGGUUAGUUAGGGAGGUUUCUCUGUCUUGUUCUGUUCUGUCUUGCAGUCAUGUGGCUCAUUCCUUAUGUGAUUACAGUGAAGGGUUAGAUUUUGAAAUGUUUAUUCAACUGUUAGAUCGAAACCAAAGUCUUCAACUCCAAUUCAUGUUUUUCUCUCAUAGCUCCUAUGACUGUCUCCGUGACGACCCCUUUGACCAUGACUGGCCGGCGUUGCCACAGUUACCAGGGAUACACUACUCCAUGGACGAGCAGUGUCGAUUUGACUUUGGCGCCGGCUACACCAUGUGCACGGCGGUGAGUCCUUCAUCAACUCCACACCCGUACGCACCCAUAUGCCCAACAAGAUGACUAGUCGCCACACCAGCAGCAUCUAGUGGUGGUACCAAUUGAAUUGAAUAUCCAUCCCUUAGAAAGGCCACCAUCUGGGGCCUACGCUGGUCAAAUUCAAUAGAGCUUCACACCAGGGUCUCUCUAAUGACCAUCGUCCUUGACUUCCUCCUUGACUAGGUCUAGGUCUAGGUCAGGGCGUGACCAUAAAACUGGAGCCAUCUUAGCUUUUAAAGCAUCCAGGGGAACAAAUCCGAUUUUUAUGAACUCAUGAGUUCAAAGCAGGCUAACUUGAUCUUUUGCUGCAGUAUGACCUCAUUAUGUUUCAGUGUCAUGUGAGUCUUUGGAUGAAAAGAACUACAAAACAAUAACGGGUUUGUUUAAUUGCCCCUCUGAAGAGGAAAACAACAUUUCAGAGUCAGUUAUAUUGAAAAGGCUGAACUAUUUGGAGAGAUGGUUUUUGUUUGAUGUGGGAAAAAGAGAAUAAUGACAGCUGUGACAGCAGGUUUUUAGAUCACAUUCAGGCGUAAAUUGGAGGGAGUGCCUAUUGGACACUUUGCUUCCCUUUCUUGUCAAACUAUUUCCUUAGCUGUGAAGGGGUGGCCCGUUCAGCAAAGCAGGGAAGGGAUAAGCCUAGGUCAGAGAAGUGUGUCCAUAACUUCUUUGUUUAAUGUUGUCCACAAACCAUGUAGCUGUUAAGGUGUCUGUAAGGGUGGUCAACCAUGUCACUGUCUAUCCUUCGUGACAUUCAUGUACAUUCGUUUCGAUCAGGGUUAGUAUUUUAUAAGCUUGGUGGACUGUCUGGUGUAAGAUAAUGUAUUUUACAGACCUGUCCUCGUGUGUACAGAAACACACAGAAACAUACACACACACAGACACACACACACACACACACACACACACACACAUACCUUCAUGAUGUGUUCCAUGUCCUUAGGGCCAGGUUACAUGUACUGAAUGUUCGCACGCAGGUUGUUAGUUUAUUUGAUGGUGAUGGAGAAAGCAAAGAUGGGGUGAUUUUAACCUACAGUCUAAACUACUGGAGUUAAGGCGUUAUACGUGAAACAUACUCCUGCAACUGUAUCUGACUGUACUGUGCUGUGAGGGACAGCAAUAGAUUCAUAGUAUGUGUGGUUCUAUGUACUGUAUGUAAUUCAAACAUUAUGUUUUGUCUUGGUGAAUCAGAUUUGACCAAGUUCAAUUUCUUGUUUAAGGGCCUUGGUAAUGUACACUACCGUUGAAAUGUUUGGGGUCACUUAGUAAUUUCCAUUAAAAUAACAUCAAAUUGAUCAGAAAUACAGUGUAGACCAGGGGUGUCAAACUCAUUUUAGCUCAGGGGCCACAUGGAGGAAAAUCUAUUCCCAAGUGGGCCGGACCGGUAAAAUCAUGGUAUAUAUAACUUAAAAACAACAACUUCAGAUUGUUUUCUUUGUUUUAAUACUAUCAACAUAAAACAUAAAGCUGGAGCCUGAGGACAGUGUGUCCAAAAUAGUACAAGCACAACAUCACUAUUAAUCAUAAAACACCUGAAGUUUAUUUGAAAAUUCUAAAGAAAAAGAACACACAAACACACAAUGCCUCAGUGAUUCACAUAACUGUUUCACAGAUCACAGAACUAUAUCAGGGUGUCAUUUCUCAGGCAGAAAUGUAGAUACAAAUAAUGAAAUCCUGUUCCCCAAACAAGUGCAAGAACCACAGAGUCAAGAAUAGGAUAAAUAUACAAAUAAAAUAAAAUCAAUUAAAAACAAUAGCACAUCAACAUAAAAACAUAUAAACAUAAAGAUGGAGCCUGAGGACAGUGUGUCCAAAAGCACAACAUCACUAUUAAUCAUAAAACACCUCAAGUUAUUUGAAAUUCUGAGGACAAACAACACACAAACACACAAUGCCUCAGUGAUUCACAGAAGUAUAUCACAGAUCACAGAACUAUAUCAGGGUGUCUCAUGCAGCACUUUAAGUGGGGUUGCAUAGUUUAUUUGACUCUUGAUACCUGGCAUCUUUUAGCUUUCACCAGCGCAUCAAUAUCAGGCGUCACAUCCUGAGUGGCAGCCAACUUCAGGAUGUGAUUCAAGUGCUUGUGCGUGAGCCUUGAGCGCAGCUUUGUUUUAUUCAUGACGUUAUCCAUCUUUAAUGACUUGCAACACAAAGCCUUCUGGUGCAAAAUACAGUGAAAAGUCCAAAAAUCACGUCCUCCAUUUGCAGAUUGCACUUUCUCUCUGAACUUUGUCACAACGCCUGCUUUUUUCCCGAUAAUUGAGGGCACACCAUCUGUAGCCAGGCUGACAGCGCGGGACCAGUCCACUCCGACCCUGUCCAGCGGGGCUGACGAGUGCAGUGAAAAUAUCAGCUGCUGUCGUUGUAUCUGUCAUCGGCACCAACUCCACGAACUCCUCGGUGACGGUCAAUGUGUCAUCAACUCCGCGGAUGAAAAUGGCCAGUUGUGCAACAUCUGUAAUGUCCGUGCUUUCAUCAAUUGCAACCGAAAACGCAAUAAAUGACUUUACUUCCACUGAAUCCACUGAAAGAUCGGAAAUCCUGUCUGCAACUGUGUUUCUUGUCAGGCUGAUAUUUGCAAAAGCCUGGUGCUUUUCAGGGCACACAAUCUCCGCUGCCUUCAUCAUGCAUGUUUUUACAAAUUCACCCUCACUAAAUGGUUUUGAAGCCACUGCGAUUUCAUUAGCAAUGAGGUAGCUAGCUUUCACUGCAGCGUCACUGAUGUCUCGGCUGUGAGUAAACACAGACUGCUGUUUCUUCAGACCCACCAACAGUUCAUUCACCUUCUCUCUUCUCCGCUGUCCUUGAAAGUUGUCAUAUUUGUCGGCAUGAAGACUCACAUAGUGGCGACGAAGGUUAUAUUCUUUCAGCACUGCAACAUGCUGUGAACACACCAAACAUACAGCUUUCCCAUUCAAUUCCGUGAAUAAAUAGAAGGAUGACACUUUUUCUUGGAACACUCUGCACUCUGCGUCCACUUUUCUCUUUUUUUGACAGAGACAUAUUGGGGCAAUGAGGGUGCCAAAGCACAUAAUGUUAAAAGUAGAAGCCGUAAUAAAUAUCGCGGGCAAAACAAAGUAGCUCAUCCGGACUGGCUGCACUUGCUUGACCUAUUUGCUCUGCCCCGGUAUUAAACAGUUUGCUUGCUUAACACAAUUGCUAUUGCGCCAUCCAGUGGACACAAUUGGAACAGCAGUUUCUUUUAUUGAAAAAUGGCAGCUCAUUUUUAUACUUUACAAAAUCAUCUCGCGGGCCGGAUUAAACCCGUUUGCGGGCCUGAUCCGGCCCGCGGGCCGGACGUUUGACACCCCUGGUGUAGACAUUGUUAAUGUUGUAAAUGGCUAUUGUAGCUGGAAAUGGCUGAUUUUAAACAAAAUUGAAUAUCUACGUAGGCGUACAGAGGCCCAUUACCAACAACCAUCAGUCCUGUGUUCCAAUGGCACGUUGUGUUUGCUAAUCCAAGUUUAUCAUUUUAAAAGGCUAAUUGAUCAUUAGAAAACCCUUUUGCAAUUAUGUUAGCACAGCUGAAAACUGUUGUGCUGAUUAAAGAAGCAAUAAAACUGGCCUUCUUGAGACUAGUUGAGUGUCUGGAGCAUCAGCAAUUGUGGGUUUGAUUACAGGCUUACAAUUUCCAGAAACAAAUAACUUUCUUCUGAAACUCGUCAGUCUAUUCUUGUUCUGAGAAACAAAGGCUAUUCCAUGCGAGAAAUUGCCAAAAAACUGAAGAUCUCGUACAACGCUGUGUACUACUCCCUUCACAGAACAGCACAAACUGGCUCAAACCAGAAUAGAAAGAGGAGUGGGAGGCCCCGGUGCACAACUGAGCAAGAGGACAAAUACAUUAGAGUGUCUAGUUUGAGAAACAGACGCCUCACAGGUCCUCAACUGGCAGCUCAUUAAAUAGUACCCGCAAAACACCAGUCUCAACGUCAACAGUGAAGAGGUGACUUCGGGAUGCUGACCUACGCAGAGUUGCAAAGAAAAAGUCCAGUGUUCUUUUGCCCAUCUUAAUCUUUUCUUUUUAUUGGCCAGUUUGAGAUAUGGUCGUACUGCCAGGACCCCCAGCCAGUCCUGGCAGUAGGACCACAGGAACCUACCCACAUCCUGAUUCACCCGUUCCACCUGCCCAUUAGACUCGGGGUGAAAACCAGAGGUCAGGCUGACCGAGUCCCCCAGACGUUCCAUGAACGCCUUCCAGACCCUUGAUGUAAACUGGGGACCCCGGUCAGACACUAUGUCCUCUGGCACCCCGUAGUGCCAGAAGACAUGAGUAAACAGGGCUUCCGCAGUUUGCAGGGCCGUGGGGAGACCGGGCAGAAGAAGGAGGUGGCAGGCUUUAGAAAAGCAGUCCACAACGACCAGGAUGGUGGUGUUACCAUGAGAGAGGGAAUAUCAGUGAGCAAGUCAAUUGAUAAGUGGGACCAUGGGCCGUUGUGGAACUGGUAAGGGAUGUAACUUACCCGCUGGAAGGUGCCUAGGUGCCUUACUCUUGGUGCACACCGAGCAGGAGGAGACAUACACCCUCACGUCCUUAGCCAAGGUAGGCCACCAGUACUUCCCGGUCAGGCAGCGCACUGUACGGCCAAUACUUGGGUGACCAGAAGAGGGGGACGUGUGUGCCCAAUAGAUAAGACGAUCACGGACAAGAGACGGCACAUACCGCAGCCCAGCUGGGCACUGAGGUAGAGAUGGCUCUGUGCGUAACGCCUGCUCUAUGUCCGCGUCCACCGCCAACACUACCGGCACCACAAUGCAGGAGGCCGGGAGUAAGGGGGUGUUGUCUAUGGGCCUCUCCUCUGUGUCGUACAGCCGUGACAGUGCGUCUGCCUUCACAUUCUUAGUGCCUGGUAUGUAUGACAGCAGGAAAUAAACCAGGUGAAGAACAAGGCACACCUGGCCUGGCGAGGGUUCAGCCUCCUCGCUGCCCUGAUGUACUCUAGGUUAAGGUGGUCAGUCCAGAUGAGAAAAGGGUGUUUCGCCCCCCCUCGAGCCAAUGCCUCCACGCGGUCAGGGCUCUGACAACCACCAACAGCUCCCUAUCCCCAACGUUGUAGUUCUGCUCCGCCGGACUGAGCUUCUUCGAGAAGAAGGCAUGGGGCGGAGCUUGGGUGGCGUGCCCGAGCGUUGGGAUAGGACAGCGCCUAUCCCUACCUCGGACGAAUCCACCUCCACCACAAACGGUAAUGAUGGAUUGGGAUGGGCCAGUACCGGGGCUAAGGUGAACAGAGACCUCAGGUUACUGAAAGCCCUGUCAGCCUCAGCAGACCAGCGGAGCCGGGACGGCCCACCCUUCAACAGAGAGUUUAUGGGAGCUGUGACCUUGCCAAAGCCCCAAUAAACCCCAGAUAGUAAUUGGCAAAACCAAUAAAGCGCUGCACCUCCUUUACCGUUGGUUGGAGUCGGCCAAUUAUGCACAGCUAAAAUGCGGACUCCCUCCAUCUCCACACUUGAGGUGGUGAUGUGGUAUCCGAGGAAGGAGAUGGACUGUUGGAAGAACAGACACUUUUCUGCCUUGGCAUAAAGGUCAUGCUCCAACAGUUGGGCCAGCACUUUGCGAACCAGGGACACAUGCUCGGCGCACAUAGCGGAAUACACCAGAAUGUCAUCGAUGUAGACCACCACACCGCGACCAAGCAUGUCCCGAAACACCUCAUUCACAAAGGACUGGAAGACUGAUGGAGCAUUCAUCAACCCGUACGGCAUCACCAGGUAUUCAUAAUGCCCCGUGGUUUUGCUAAAUGCUGUCUUCCACUCGUCCCCUUCCCGGACACGCACCAGGUUGUACGCACUCCGGAGAUCUAAUUUUGUGAAGAAGCGUGCCCAAUGCAUUGAUUCGAUAACAGAGGAGAUGAGGGGUAGAGGGUAACUAUAGCGAAUGGUAGUUUGAUUAAGUGCCCGGUAAUCAAUGCAAGGGCGCAGACCUCCGUCUUUCUUCUUCACGAAAAAUAAACUUGAGUAGGCGGGCGAAGUGGAGGGACGUAUGAACCCCUGGCGCAGGGACUCGGAGACGUGUGUCUCCAUAGCCUCCGUUUCAGCCUGCGACAGGGGAUAUACAUGACUCCUGGGAGGCACAGUGUCUAACCGAUGGUGUGGUAAUUUGGUCGCCUUCAUUUUGGAAAACGCGUGCGCAAAGUCGAGGUAUUUGGGGGGAAUGUGCACGGUGGAGGUAGUGUCUGGACUUUCCACCGUGGUUGCACAUACUGAAACAGCUAGACACCUACCCUGACACUCACGCGAUCACCCCGUAAUAACCCUCUGCGGCCAUGAAAAGGUGGGGUCAUGUAGUGCGAGCCAGGGAAGACCCAACACAACAGGGAAAUCACAGGACGCAAUAAUAUAAAAGGUGAUUUGCUCCCCAUGGGUCUCCUGCAUAAUCAUCGUGACUGGUGCUGUAACUUCCCUAACAAAACCUGACCCUAAUGGUCGACUGUCAAGUGCUUUGAUGGGCAAUGGAAUGGGUAGGGGAACCAAUGUAAUACCUAGACUAUUAGCUAAAGAUCUGUCCAUAAAGUUCCCAGCUGCGCCUGAAUCGACCAGCGCCUUACGCUGGGGAAUCAGGAAAGUUGACGUGUAUGGUGAAGUACGCAGCAGAGGGCUCUGAACGAGUGUGGGUUUACUCUACCUGGGGUGAUGCGAGAGUGCCCUACCUGCCGCCUCCAGACCCAGAAGAACUCGGACGACAGCGUGCAGCAGAAUGUCCUCUCUUGCCACAGGAGUGACACUGGAUCUGUCGUCCUCUGUUCUCCCGGAUCGCUGCACCACCCAGCUCCAUCGGAACGUAAUCCGGGUUGAAGGGGGGUGAAAUGGGCAGGCCCCUUCAAGGAUGUCCUUUUGAAGCCAGCAGGUUGUCCAACUGGAUGGCCAUGUCCACCAGCUGGUUGAAAGUCAAUGUGGUAUCCCAGCAGGCUAGCUCCCUUCGGACGUCCUCACGCAGGCUGCAGCGGAAGUGGUCGAUGAGGGCCCGCUCGUUCCACCCGGACCCAGCCACUAGAGUUCUAAACUCCAGGGACAAAGUCUUGUGCGGUCCUCGUCCCCUGCCUCAGAUGGACCAGACGCUCGCCUGCCUCUCUACCUUCAGGGGGAUGAUCAAAGACUGCCCGGAAGAGGCGAUUGAACGCCCCGUAAUUGUCCAACGCGUCUCCUCCUUCACUCCAGACCGCGUUGGCCCACUCCAGGGCUUUCCCCGAGAGGCAGGAGACGAGGGUGGACACCUUCUCCCGCUCCGAUGGUGCCGGGCUGAUGGUGGAAAAGUAGAGGUCCAGCUGCAGGAGGAAUCCCUGGCAGCGGGCCGCUGUCCCGUCGUGCUCCCUUGGUCGAGAUAGUUGAAUACCUCUGGGCGCUGGGGUGUGGGUGGCUGGAUCCGGUCGCUCAGCUGGUCCCGAAGGGUCGGGUCCUCUCCUCUCCAGGCGUUGGACGACCUGGAGAACCUGAUCCAUCGCUUAGCCCAAGCUGGCUAACAUGUUGGAAUGCUCCCGGACCCGCUCAACGACUCUAGGCAUAUUCCCAGCUCCUGCUGACUCUGUUGGGUGUGUGAUUCUGUAGCGGGUGAUUUUGGACGGAGUCAGGCGCAGGAGGGUAAAUCACAGAAUAAAUGGUUUAUUCGGCAAUACAGCGGUACACAGCAAUGCGUGAAACGCUACAGUGCGGUAAAACGGCGCACUGGAGAAAACAAGGCACACGGGUGAAUAUCCCGGCGAUACAAAAUACAAUAUAGCUCCACCGAGCUAUAGUAACCUCCACAAUAAACAAUCACACACAAAGACAUGGGAGGCAGAGGGAACACUUAUACAGGUACUGAUGAGGGGAUAUGAACCAGGUGUGUGUAAUAAACAAGACAAAACAAAUGGAAUGAUGAGAUGAGGAGCGCCAGUGGCUUGAAGGCUGGUGACGACGAACGCCGAAGCCUGCCCAAACAAGGAGAGGAGGCAGCUUCAGAGGAAGUCGUGACACUGAAAGGCUGUUGUUAAUUUGUUUACAGAGGAAUAGCAUUGUAUUUGGUAAAACACAAUUUUUCCCAACAGUUUGCUAAGAGCUGGCAGCAAGCUUAUAGGUCUGUAUUAUUUAUUGACCUGAGUAAACCAUAUCUUGUGUAAGCUUACAACUAUUAAAAAUAUUAGAGAUAUAUUGGACUGGUAUAGUAUUAAGUUAAUACCACCAAUGACAAUGUUGGACGGUUGUGUACACACAAUACUGUUGAUGUUUUCUUGGUUGACAUGUCAAGGCUGUGGGAAGCUUUCUUCAGCUACAUGUGUGAGAGAGAGCAUGAAUCUGUUUCUUUUAGUACAGCACCUAUGACCCCUGCAAGCAGCUCUGGUGCAGUCACCCAGAAAACCCAUUCUUCUGCAAAACCAAGAAGGGUCCGCCCAUCGACGGCACUAAGUGUGCACCGGGGAAGGUGAGAAAGAUUCCUCUUUACAUGUUAAUGUUUGCUACAGUGUUUGUGUAAACAUAAGCAGUAACAACUAUCUUCCUCUCACCCUGGUUCUCUCUCUCUAUCUCUCUCUCGUUCCCUCCCUCCCUCUCUUUCAGCACUGCUUCAAGGGUUACUGCAUCAAGUUGACCCCAGACAUUCUAAGGCAGGAUGGUGCUUGGGGCACGUGGAGUAACUUUGGCUCCUGCUCUCGCACCUGUGGGGGUGGUGUGCGCUUCCGGACCCGUCAGUGUGACAACCCAAUGUGAGUACAACACAAGACUGAUAUGUAUGCAUUUACGCUCUCCUCAUGAUAGGAAGAUGUCUAAAAUGUCUCAAAUGUAAGGAAUACCCGCUGUCUCUCUCCCUUGCCAUAACUCAGCCCUGCCAAUGGAGGACGCACAUGCUAUGGCAACAGCUAUGAGUUCCAGCUGUGCAACCUAGAGGAGUGCUCCAAGCCCUUCGCUGACUUCAGGGAGGAGCAGUGCAAGAUGUGGGACCCAUACUUUGAGUAUGACAACACCAAGCACCACUGGCUGCCCUAUGAGCAUCCUGACCGUAAGUCCACAGCGCUGCCUGGGAAUCAAAAGGCCUGGCUUGGAAAAAGACAGAGGGACCAGAGAAGGGUUCAGACUGACGUUAAUUUCCUUUAGCACUAUUCUUAAACAUGUGGACUGUGUUAUAGCAUAACUACCACUUUCUUGACGAUUAGUUAUUCAUCGUGAAAAUAUCAUAAUCUACACAAGUACACUCACAAAAUGGACACAAAAAUACCUAGAAUAUAAGCAGGGUAUAGUAAGAGUUGGACUUUCUCCAUCCUAACACCUCUCCUCUUUGAUUGGUACUUGUGCAUCAGUGGAGGUUGCUGAGGGGAGGACGGCUCAUAAUAAUGGCUGGAAUGGAGCAAAUGGAAUGGCAUCAAGCACAUAGAAACUAUGUGUUUGAUACCAUUCCACCUAUUCUGCUCCAGCCAUUACCACGAGCCCAUCCUCCCCAAUUAAGGUGCCACCAACCUCCUGUGUUGUGCUUGCCUUCUCCACCCAUUGACUGUUCAGAGGCCAGAUGGCUUUUUUACUCAGAAGUUGACCUGGAGGCUUUGUAGAGGCAGAGAGAGGAAAAAGUUUACACCACUGCUCUCAUUCUUCCGUUGUGAGGCCAGGACCAAUUUCCAUGGCAAACCAUCAUAAAAAUCUGAAGUUACAUAAGGUGGCCCAUAGCUAAAACAGACAGCUGAGCUCUAAGUGGAGAGCAGGGGAGGCGGAAAGGGAGGAGGAAGAGCAGGAGAAGGAGAAGAAAGAAGUGGAGGAGGAGGAGGAGGAGGAGGAGGAGGAGGUGGAGGAGGAGAAGCAUCUGGCUGCACUGAUAUUCACACUACUUCACAAGUUACUAUUAAAACCUACCCUAACCAGAAACCGUGGAUAGAUGGCAGCAUUCGUGAAAAACUUAAAGCACGAACCAUCGCAUUUAACCAUGGCAAGGUGACGGGGAAUAUGGUCGUUCCCUCCGCAAGGCAAUCAAACAGGCAAAACGUCAAUAUCGAGACAAAGUGGAGUCGCAAUUCAACGGCACAGACACGAGAAGUAUGUGGCAGGGUUUACAGACAAUCACAGACUACAAUAGGAAAACCAGCCACGUCGCGGACACCGACGUCUUGCUGCCAGACAAGCUAAACAAGUUCUUUGCCCACUUUGAGGAUAACACAGUGACGCGGCCAGCUACCAAGGACUGUGGGCUCUCCUUCUCCGUGGCUGACGUGAGUAAGACAUUUAGACCAGCUGGCUGGUGUCUUUACGGACAUAUUCAAUCUCUCCCUAUCCCAGUCUGCCAUCCCCACAUGCUUCAAUAUGGCCACCAUUGUUCCUGUACCCAAGAAUGCAAAGGUAACUGAACUAAAUGACUAUCGCCCUGUAGCACUCACUUCUGUCAUCAUGAAGUGCUUUGAGAGACUAGUCAAGGAUCAUAUCACCUCCACCUUACCUGUCACCCUAGACCCACUUCAAUUAGCAUACCGCCCCAAUAGGUCCACAGACGAUGCAAUCGCCAUCACACUGCACACUGCCCUAUCCCAUCUGGACAAGAGGAAUACCUAUGUAAGAAUGCUGUUCAUUGACUAUAGCUCAGCAUUCAACACCAUAGUACCCUCCAAGCUCAUCAUCAAGCUUGAGGCCCUGGGUCUCAACCCCGCCCUGUGCAAUUGGGUCCUGGACUUCCUGACGGGCCACCCCCAGGUGGUGAAGGUAGGAAACAACAUCUCCACUUCGCUAAUCCUCAACACUGGGGCCCCACAAUGGUGUGUGCUCAGCCCCCUCCUGUACUCCCUGUUCACCCAUGACUGCGUAGCCAUGCACGCCUCCAACCCAAUCAUCAAGUUUGCAGACGACACAACAGUAGUAGGCUUGAUUACCAACAACGAUGAGACAGCCUACAGGGAGGAGGGUGAGGGCUCUGGGAGUGUGGUGCCAGGAAAAUAAUCUCUCACUCAAUGUAAAAAAAACAAAUGAGAUGAUCAUGGACUUCAGGAAACAAAGUACCCCCCUAUCCACAUCGACGGGACAGCAGUGGAGAAGGUGGAAAGUUCCUUGGCGUACACAUCACUGACAAACUGAAAUGGUCCACCCACACAGACAGUGUGGUGAAGAAGGCGCAACAGCGUCUCUUCAACCUCAGGGGGCUGAAGAAAUUUGGCCUGUCACCUAAAACCCUCACAAACUUUUACAGAUGCACAAUUGAGAGCAUCCUGUCGGGCUGUAUCACCGCCUGGUACGGCAACUGCACAGCCCACAACCGCAUGGCUCUCCAGAGGGUGGUGCAGUCUGCACAACGCAUCACCGGCCACUUUAAUAAAUGGAACACUAGUCACUUUAAUAAUGCCACUUUAAUGUUUACAUAUCUUGCAUUACCCAUCUCAUAUGUAUAUUCUGUAUUCUAUACUAUCUAUUGCAUCUUAGACUAUGCCACUCUGAUAAUGAUAAUGACAUAUAUAUUUAUAUAUUCUUAUUCCAUUCCUUUACUUAGAUUUGUGUGUAUUAGGUUUGUGUUGUAGGACUGUUAGAUACUACUUGCUAGAUAUUGCUGCACUGUCGGAACUAGAAGCACAAGCAUUUCGCUACACUCGCAAUAACAUCUGCUAACUAUGUGUAUGUGACCAAUACAUUUGAUUUGAUUUUGAUUUGAAGGCUGUAUCAGCUCAGUUUAUGACCCAGCAGCUCAAGUCUCUUGGCGACUAUAAUGAUUGUUCUGAGUGGGGUCACUGGGGAAUGAUUGGUUUACUUGGGAAUCUGAGAGGCCCUCAGACAGACAGGCCAUGCCUCUCCACAUGUCGGGGGAACGUCGGUCAGGCUAGUGUUUAAGUAAGGACACAUGGAAUUGUCAUUACUCAGGAAUAUCCCUCCUGCUUUCCUCCGGGGUGAAAUAUUGUUAUUGUGUUAUUUGAUUAGCUUUAUAUAUGAAGGUUCUCAUUACACACCCUUACAGUGCCCUAUUGUAUUAUUCUGUUGUUUCUGCCAUAAAUGUGUAUCCUCAUGACUAAAACAAAAUAAUGCAGACAUAGUAUGAUAUAGAAUUAAAAAUAUUGUUUGUUCAAAUUGUUUCAUUUGUGCUGGUGGGAUAUGGACAGGAAUACAGGCACAAUCAAAGAAAGCUGAAAACAUGUACUGUAUGACUAUAAUUUCUUCAUUAACUCCUAUAUCCUGUUCUCCUCCCCUUUCCUCUCUGUACUGUAGCUGAUGAGAGAUGUCAACUCUACUGCCAGUCCAAGGAGACAGGAGACGUGGUGGCCAUGAACAGGAUGGUUCACGAUGGCACACGCUGCUCCUACAAAGACCCUUACAGUGUCUGUGUGCGGGGGGACUGUGAGGUAGGCAUCGCCCAGGUCUUAUGGCCUACAGAAGUCAUGCAUGAAGGGACAUUAUUAAAUAUGGCCAUAAACAUUACGAUGCCUUAUACAAUCCCAUAAAUCUCUUCCUGCUACUGGGUAUUUUCUCUGGUCUGGUGCAUUUUAAGUUAUGACCGUUUUCCAUGUGGGUUUGCCAAACUCACUGUUUAUCCAUACUGACGAAAACCAUUGCACCCACAUGCAUAUUCAUUCUCUCUCUCUCUCUCUCUCUCUCUCUCUCUCUCAUUCAUCUUUUCAUGUGUAUGGAAUCCUUUAUCCCCCAUUUUCCCUUUCCAUGGAAUAAAUAUUGAAAUAUAAUGUAUUAUAUUAUACUGUCUGUCCACCUUAUUAGAGUAGAAUGAGUAAUUUACAUUUAAGUCAUUUAGCAGACGCUCUUAUCCAGAGCGACUUACAGUUAGUGAGUGCAUACAUUUUCAUACUGGCCCCCCGUGGGAAUCGAACCCACAACCCUGGCGUUGCAAACACCAUGCUCUACCAACUGAGCUACACGGGACUUAUUAUUUAUUAUUAUUAUUUGAGGUCGGCUAUAUGAUCACACCGGUAAUAGAUCCGUUGUUGUAUUACUUGUGAGGCACAGCUGAGUGAGCAUACAUUUAAAUCAAUCGUUUUUUAUUUUACUGGGCUGAUGGCGCCUGCAUCUGAGAGUCCGCCUCUCAACGUCCCUCUACGAUCCCUUUCCCCUACUGACACUGACCAAAAAGGGACACCGUCUUCCAGCUGAUGGUGAAACUCGAGUCACACCGCAUUAUUUCUGCCUCAUGCACAAAUUCAUGUUGUUACUCCUAUGAACAGAGAAAUUGAAAUAUUCCUCGAUAUUAAAAAAGACCCAAGCCGCUAAUAAUAACAACGUAAGCCUACAGAUACACUUUCCUACUCAUUCAUUACUGCUGCAGUGCUUGUUGUAGCGCUGAAUGGAAAUAGACAAAAACGCAAAUUUUAUGGCUUAUAAAAGUGUUGAAUACAAAAGUGUUGACAGUGCUGAGUAAGAACUUAAACUCACUCAUAAAAACAGCAGCUCUUUGCUGUAUUCGUUGACAGUCUCUCUCUAGUCAUGGUUUGAAACGUUUUGAAGUCUCAGUAUCAACUUUGCUGUAACUUUCUUUUAUGCCCACUACAUUAUGAGCCAUCCGAUUGGCCAGCGGUAGUCCUAUAGUGCACUUGAUUUGCUCUCCGGGCCCGCUGGGGAGGCAGAGUUUGUACCUUCGCGAUCGACCGGUUGGUGACCACUGCUCUAGAAAGUUGAGUGAAGUUCAAUCUUGUGCUGCUCUCUGUGGGCUGAUAUUUCUUCUGCAAGGCAGUCCUGGGGAGGUGCGCAGCAGUUUCGGUGCCACUGCACGCCCGCACACAGCUUAGAGGAAGGAGUAAUGAGGUGGACGGCACUGUACAACUCUUAAAUGUUGAAUGUGCAAUGGGAGGGGGGGAGGAGGUUGUCCGAAUUUUUUUUGUCCGAAAGAAUGUCUUUGUCCUGAUUGACCCAUCCAGGUCCACUCCUCAGCCUGAUCCCAUACUCCCAAACACUGACUCAGCUUAUCUCUCUACAGCACGUGGGCUGUGAUAACCAGAUAGCCUCAGACACGCAGGAGGACAAAUGUGGGAUAUGUGGUGGAGACAACUCCAGCUGUAAGAUCAUCAAGGGGAACUUCACUAGAAGUGCUAAAAAACAAGGUGAGCCCCUCCUCAACUUCACUAGUUGUUAUUUUUUAAUGGGAGUCUAGGGAUGCUCUUCUCGGUAUCUAAAGCUGUUUUGAUACCAAGGAGCCUCUUCGUCAUCACACAUCUAUUUUGUUUGCGGUAUGUUUCAGGUUUCCUCAAGAUACUUGAAAUCCCCCGAGGGGCCAGGCAUCUGUUGAUCAAGGAGUUCAAGGGGACCCCUCACAUCCUCGGUAGGUUUAUUUAAUAACUGUUCUGUGAAUAUCAGAGUGGGUCGUUAAUAUCCUGGACGUUGGCCUCUAUAAAUCAGUCAUCUGUGACUAGCUUGGGUAAGGAGGGUUGUUAUUAAUUGCUGCUUCAGUCAGGUUUUGGCUGAGAGUACAGACAACUGUAGUUGACUGCCAAUAGUGGCUCUGGACUGCUGGGAAGAGAUCACCUGCAGAUACUGAUUUAAACUGCUCUAAUGCUCAUCAUCAUAAUCCUGCCAAAUGUCUCUGGUUUGUACCUGCUAUGAAUAACCAAAAGUGUAAUUCUGAGAGGGAAAAGAAACCAAACAUUAAUAUUUCCUUUUCUCCUUGUUCUCCUUGUGUCAGCGGUGAAGAACCAGGCCACAGGUCAUCUGUUUCUGAAUGAUGAGGAUGAGUUUCCAGAGUCCCGUACGGUGAUAGAGAAGGGGGUGGAGUGGGAGUACCACAACGAUGACGACAUGGAGACCGUCCAGACCACAGGACCUCUCGGAUAUGCUGUUCUGGUCAUGGUGAGUCAAUAUACUCAGGUCCCUGACAAGUCAAAAUUGCUGAGAUUACCUGUAUUAAUGUGUAGUCUACAUGUCACAGAGCAAUGUUUUUAAUGUCAUUGUUUCGUCCUUACCCACUUUUAGUUAAAAUCACCUCACCAACGGAUAUAGUAGGAGUAGCUUCAGGAAAUCAUUUAACCUGAAAUGUUCUCUGUGCAGUGAGUAUCCACUAUCCAGCCAUAUCAUUGGCAAAAAACCUCAGAGCAUCUGUUUGCCUCAUGUGGAGUUAGUUAAAGGUCCAAUGCAGCUGUUUUUAUCUCAAUAUCAAAUCAUUUUUGGGUCACAACGUUACUGUGAUUGUUUUCAAUUAAAAAAUAGCUUCUUAGCAAAGAGCAAUUUCUCAGGCAAGAAUCUUGCUAGGACUGUCUAGGAGUGGUCUGAGUGUGGAGGAGAAAAUGAAAAAUUUGCUGGUUUUGGCAAAGAGGUUUGGACCUCUCUUUCUUAUUGAUUUAUUAACUACUUUAUUGCAUGGUGAUGUCUCUAUGGAAGGCCAAAACUACAUCCCACCAAAACAGGCUGAAAUUGAUCAUUUUCACAAUUUCACAGUAUUAUUCCAACCUAAUAGUGUGGGCCUUUAAAGAAAAUGCACAGUAGUUAAAGAAAACGUACCAUAUCAUUGUCACUGUCAUGUUUGCCACAUCUCAAGCUGCUCUAUAACUUACAAUUUGUCAUUUAUGGCAUUUACUGUAUCUUUUCCUCCCACAGAUCCGUUCCCACGGUGACUCCAAAGUGACCCUCUCCUACAAAUACAUUCUCCACGAGAAGCUGCAGUCAUCCAUAGAGAGCAACCUGGUGCAGGAGGACACAGCCUACUUUGAGUGGGCUCUGAAGAAGUGGUCUCAGUGCUCUAAACCCUGUGGAGGAGGUAGGCAGUCUUUAAAAGUGUCAAUAAAUCGGCUAUUAAAAACCUUUACUGCAUUGGGCUGAAUCAGGGUCACACAAAGUGAUUCUGGGUAGUCUUAAACACAUCUACAUUGAAACAAAAGUAUAAACCUCACACACAUGGCUAUGGGCUUUAAAAAAGAAGACACCUGUACCAUAUCAGAUAUAGAGUUGAAAUGUAUUCAAUUGUGAGUUUGCAUCCCAAUAUUACACUUUAUAUACUGUACAUCACAGAAGACUGAAAUAUAACACAAUUGUUUGACAUAGAAACACUGGAUUUAUUCAUCAUUAUUAAUUAGGAAAUUAGGAAAAUUAUUAAUAACAUUUCACCCAUGAAGCCAGAGGGCUCUUUUGGUCAUUGACUGCAGGAAAGUGCUAGCUGUCAAAUAACCUUGGAUAUUGACCAACAUUGUUGAUGUGAGUGGUAUUGUGUACACUCUGUACCCUCUAUAGGUAAGCAGUACACAAGGUUUGGCUGCAGGAGAAAGUCAGAUGGGAAGAUGGUCCACCGCACCCACUGUGUGAACAUCGACAAUCUCAGAGCUAUCAGCAGGGAUUGCAACCAGAAAGAGUGCUCCCAGCCAGUGUAUGUGAAUGCAUUUAUGUGUGUGUUUGUUUGAUAUGUGUGCUGUGAAUGUUCUAUGUAACUAUUGUAUUACUAUGUCUGUAUAUAAGCUAUUCAUAUUCCUGUUAUGUCUCAGUAAGUCAUUUCUGUUCUCACUCUACCUGUAUGGUGAUGUGUGUGUCUGCUCUAUUCUCCAGUUGGAUCACUGGGGACUGGGAGGAGUGCAGUUCAUCCUGUGGGAAGACUGGCUACCAGAGCCGCUCUGUACGCUGUCAGCAGCCCCUCUCUGGCGGUGGCCAACGCUCCAUCCAUAGCAAGUACUGUAAUGAUGACAGGCCAGAGGGAAGACGACCCUGCAACCGCCAGCUCUGCCCUGCCCAGUGGAGAGUAGGACCCUGGUCCCAGGUACGUAGAUGUUGAAAGACAAAUGUGAAUAGUUCUCCACCAUUACCGACAGCAAAUAUAAGAUUGACAGGAAAAACACUUGUUUCCUUGAAAUCUUUAACUCAGAGGAGUGUCGUGUGUGUGUGUGUGUGUGUUUUAGUGUUCGGUGACGUGUGGCAACGGGACCCAGGAGCGCCAGGUUCUGUGUAACACUCCUGAUAACUCAGUGGGACUCUGCAUGGAGACCAAACCCAUCACACUCAGGAACCUGCCAGCUAGUCCCCUGCACAGGUGACUGUCCAAUCACAAAGCUUAAGUUAUUGAACACAAGUACAUAACAUGUUUUAUUACUGAUACAAUAUUAUUUGAUUUUCACACCGUGCACAAUCCUUUUCUGUUUGUUUUGUUCUCAGGUGACGGAAAAAACUUUUUGAUCCAGUGGCUGUCACGGUCCAACCCAGAGUUUCCUGUACCCAAGAUCUCCUCAAGUAAACGUCCCCUCUAUAGCGCGGAGCGCGGGGUCCGCUGCAUGCCUCUGCUUACCUGGGCUCUACCCUUCUCUCUCUGCCUCUCUCUGCGGGGCAGACUGCCUUGAUAGUGGCUCUUUUCCUCUUUUCCUCUUCUCCUGUUCUCCUCUACACUGGAGGAUGGCUCUGAAAGCUCCUGCCUGACUGUGGCUUCUCUGUCUGGGGAUGGAGGCUUCUUGUACCGUGGUCUCUGGCUCUUUGGCUCUUUCUCUCACACACAUACACUCUCUCCUUCAUGGGUCUUACUGUACUGUAGGCUGCAGAGCUGGCCUUGAACACUCACUGAAGAGAAAAAUGGAAGUUCCGACCCUGAUAAGGCUCUAUUAAUGCCUGAAUGCAGGACUAUGGUCGUGGCCUAGCCUCUGUUUAUGGAGUCGCUCACUGGUUGCGUGUUGUUGGGUUUCAACCUGGGACACUCCAUGGAAGUGAAUAUGGAGUUAUGCAGUGGAUUUGAUAACAAGAAGCUGGAAAGUUUUUUUUGGGAGAGACAUUUCUUCCAUGAUUGUUAACACAAAAGGUGCAGCAGACUCAUGCUCGUUAUAGUUAUACAAUAUGUAUACACGAUUAUCAACAGAAAUAGUUCCACAGAAAUAAGUCUCUCCAUUACUGACUGUUACCGUACCAUAUAUGUAUUUUUGUAUAAAUUCUACCUAAAUAUUUAAGUGAAACGUUUAAUGAGCAUUAAACAGUAUGGAAAUUAAGUAAGGAGGCCAGAAUGUUUAUGGGGAGGUGAGUAGGGUUCAUUCUCACUUUCAGAAAGUACUGUGACUUUUACUCAAAACACAUUUUGUGCGUAAGACCAAGGAAACUGAAAUGUGUCCUUACAUCUCUAAAUGCUUGUUUGUUUGUGUGUAAUUGUAAGGCAUUAGUCAAAAAGAUACUCAGAUACCUCAUGCAAUGAUUUUGUCAUAAACAUCUGGAGAAUAGCUUUGCCUUAUUAGGCUGUUGAGAGAAAUAAAAAAAAUAUGUUUUUUUCUUGUGUGAUACAGCAGAGGAUGAAAAAAUAACUUGAACUUGAUGUUUACAACCAAAUGGAUUCUAUUCACAGCACCUUCAUGGACAACACAGAUAUCAUCAUUUAUUAUCAUUGUAUCAUUAUUGUGGCAAGCUAUAUUCUGGCCGCCGUGUGGAAAACCCUGUGUCAACAAGACUUGAACUGUGACUUGGGAGUAUCUACAGUGUAUCAAAAUGUGUUGCCUGUAUUAAGGAGCAAGUUUCUCAACUUGGUGACAACAAUGAAUUGUGUGCUUUUACCAGCCAACUUGUAAGGCCUGAAAGUAUGUGUUCCUUACUAUAUAUUGGUCAAAAAUUAUUUUUAUCAGAGAUACUGGAUUAAGAGUUUUUAUGCUUAUCAGGAGACACUAAAUGUGCUGUUCCUUUUACACAAAGAAGAACACAUUUAUUGUUUCCCUUGACAACCAGUGUUUAUAUCAGUUAUUGUUCAUCUGUUUUGGCUUACUGGUGUUAUGCAGUUCCUAACCAAAGUGUUUACCAAAUUGCUAACUGUGUACAGUACCUUCUGAUUUAAUGUACUCAAUCAAGACAAACAGCUCCAUUCUGAACUGCAUAGACAGCUUCAUAUAUUUGACAGGGAGAGUGUAUUAUAUGACUUUGGUUUCUAGAUUGUUUCAGUAGUGCAGCCCAAACCCAACAAAUAAACUCAUUAUAAAAUGAUUCAACUUUUUGUCUCACAGAUUAUACACCUAGAGUGAUGACUAAUAAGAUGAAGAACAACUGUAGCUUACCGUUUACAUCGUUACAUCUGAUUAAGCAUGACAAACAAAGCAUUCCUUUCCUUUAUGCUUGAUUAAUCACAGUAGCCUUUUCUGUUACUUUCUCACUUUUUCUUUCUUUGAGGUAGUUUAUGGUUUAUUAUGUUUGUAGCGGUUGUGUUUUGUUUCUGAAAUGUUUGUUGCUUUGUGUUUCAGGGCAGUGUAAGGGGGAUAGGUCAGCGAUCUGUCGUAUGGCGGUGCUGAGCAUGUACUGCACCAACCCUGGGUACAGACAGAUGUGCUGCAAGUCCUGCACCGAGGGGAACUUCACCACUAUGGGCCAGAACUUCACCACUGGGCCCUGGAGGUACACCACACUACCCACCCCCACCAACAGCACCUAUUCAACAACCCCCACAAUAACCCUCAGACCCAAAUCCACCACUGGGAUAUAUAGUACUGACUUUGCUUAUGUCGAGUAUGAUGAUUAUGGGGAGUAUACAACCAAAACCGACGAACACAGCACAACAAAAAAAUAUAGUCCUACCACCACCCCUGUAUUAACCACUAGACGGCCCAGAAGAGUAACCACCCCCCCGGUUACUGCCAGAAGUCCUAAAUCUCCACCCACCACCACUGAGGAGACUACGGUUCCCAGCACCACCGUCAUCACCGUCACUACCGCGGAACCCACCACAAUCCCCACCAAUCAGGACCCAUCAACUCUCAGAACUACAAAUGUCCCCAAGUCCACCACAGCUUGGGUUGAUGUUAUUGAGAGGAAGUCCUGGAUGACCCUGGCUCCAUCCACUUCCAGACCUAAAGGAGACAAGAGACGGAAAACCAUUCCAACACAGCGUAGGGUCAUUGUGACACUCAUGCCCUCCACCAUAGCCCCCCACCGGACAGGGGACAAGAGAGAAAACAACUCGGUGGACGUGCCGUACAGGAUCGUUGGUGUAGACAAUGAGGUCUCUCAAAACCACUUUGUUCCUAGAAUACGGCCUCCAUUCCGAGAAACGACACGAAACAAAAGGAUACAAGAACUCCUAGCCGAGAAAAGGAGGCAAGACUUACUUCUCAGACGAGCAAAAAGAAAACCU